GCGACGUCAAGGUCAAGCUUUACGAUGGUCGUUCGUGAAGGUGAGCGUCAAGGUUCUGUUGUGAAGAUAUAGGGAUCAAUUUACCUUAUCAGAUCCGUGGGUACUCGAAUAGUCCUGCAGCGAGCACAGUGUUGGCAGGAGUUACCCCUCUUACAUCCCUGUCGCUUCCCGACUUCAUGCCUCUUCCGGACAAGCCCGAGCGCGAUGACUCCACGAACACGACCGACCGCUUGGUGCUGAGCUUUCCAGGUACAUACUCGCUCGUCGUACAAUAGUUCCAGGUGUCGAACAACAGAUCUGUUGCAAUAAAGCUGUCGCAAUGGCGUCGUCGCAGCAGUGCCUCGACCAUCUCAUCCUCUUCGUCCCCGCCAACACAGCCACGCAACUACCCGAAGUUCCAUCGUUCUUCUCGGACAACUUCACACUCACUCCAGGAGGCUUCCACGCGGAUGGUGCGACAUCAAACAUCUUGAUCCUUCUCGCGGACGGCUGCUAUAUUGAGCUCAUUUCGUUCAUCAAUCCCUCCCUCGCGCCUGACCAUUGGUGGGGCCCAGAAGCCAGCUUCGUAGGCUGGAAAGACUGGUGCUUGACCAACUCACUGUCGCUCGAAAAGAACUACAAAGCGGUGAAAGACACACAUUCAGAGCCGAUCAAAGGAGGGAGGAAGAGAGCCGAUGGUGUCGAUGUAGCUUGGGCGGUGACUUUUCCCAAGGGAGAGAAAGGUGGACAGAGUGUUAGGGGCAAGGUGCCAUUCUUCUGCCACGAUCUCACGCCUCGGAGUGUCCGCGUACCAAUUGACAAGACAAAGACGACUCAUCCAUGUGGCGCGAUAGGGAUCAGCCGACUUACUAUCGUCGUGCGCGACCAGGCCAUGCUAGAUGAAACUAGGAAUAUCUACGACGCCGUGAUCGGUAGUGCUGGGGAGAAAGUUGAUGCAGGAUUUGAAUUCAAGCUCGGGCGCGUGCAUGAAGUGGAGACUCGUGACACCGGUGCGAAGGUUAUACUGCGCUUGCCAAAGAACGAGGAGGAUCAGGGACGCGUUGAAGAAAGGGGAUUCUGGUACGGCGAUGUGGUUCUCUUAACAAAUGCGAAGUCCAGAAGGAGUGGACGCUCAGCGGAGAGGCUCGAUAGUGGAGAAAGAGAUGGCGGGGUUGGCGGGGUGUGGCUCGAGCAUACCUGAGCGGAUGGCGUUAGGUAUAAGAGUGAGAUGUUAGGGCACCGCGAUUGAGGCUGAACUUGAAUACGUCGUGUUUCGCAUUUCUUGCUUGCGGAAAUACAUGUGCCGGAUGGAAAAGGCACCCAGAAGACGAUAAUUGGUCUGGGUGGCGAGCUAGGUAUAGCAAGGGAUGCACCUGCAGGCCGGCGAGAUUGAAACCACGCUUGCACACACACCCGUGGCGCUCCUGUGCUGCGUUACCACGAAACGCAGAUCGAUGUGAUUAUAUCGCGCAAAAGCGCCAUGGGCUUGUUCCUUGCCAUGC